AGAUAUCAUCAGUAUUGAUGCGACCUUCCGGGAGAACGGAAUACCUGAAACUAACGUUUACAAUGGUGUAGGAGAAAACCAGAACCAUGGCCAAAACGAAAUGGAAUAUUCUUUUCGCAACGUUUGUGCUGUCCUGCCUGUCGUUGGCCGCGUUGAUCGUCUCGUUCUGCACUCCUUAUUGGGUUACCGCCCAGGCGUCCGAACAAACUGCCUACAAGAACAGUGAAAUUCAGUACGGACUGUUUGCGGGAUCUCUCACCAGGAAUGUCCUCGCGACGCCCGUUUUCUACGAUCUAACGCUUAUCUGCCUGUACGAGCAUAAUGUUUGUGCCUACAGCUGCCAAAAGGAGGAAGCCCUGCGCGAAUCCGAACUCCUCGCCAUGAUGGCCGGAGAGAAGCCAGAGGAAUGCCCCCUGGCCACGGGACGUCUCGCAACAGUUGACACCACCACAUACCCAACCGGUCGAGCAAUCCCCCGGGAAGAGUUCAUCAACGCCGGCCUCUGGCUAACCACCGUAAUUUUCCUCGGCUUGGCGACGGCCUUCGCCGGCGCGUCCGCUAGUUUUUCCAUCAUAAACGUACUGUUCAACCCGGUGGAACCCGUCUUCAGCGUGUUUGGCCUGUACAUCUGGAACGGAGUCGUCAUCGGAGCAACCCUGCUCGUAAUGAUCCUCUGGGGCACGCUGUUCGGAACAUACCUCAGUAUUAACGUCGGCAUUACGGACACCCUGACCCCAGAGGCGCCGUACAACUCGGCGGGAAUGGCCGCACUGGGGGCCAGCUACUGGAUACUGUUUUUGCCCCUGCUGCUGCACGGAAGUAACAUUGGGCUGUUGCUUUGGAGGCAGUACGAGAUCAAUCGGGAACCGCCGCCCACCACGAUCAACGUGGACAAGUCCGAUCUUACCAUUUGUAUGUAUUAAAACAAAAAUAAGGGCCAACUGA